AUGCGAGAUUGCGACCCCUUCUCUCACUGUCAACCUGCCAGUGAAAAAGGAAGCUAUGUGAUUGAUCAGAAUCAGAAACAGCGGCUCUCUCGCGAGAAGCGCGGACAGGGAGGGGUAGCUACCAGAACUUCUAGCGAGAGGGAAAUGGUGACUGCUGUUGGUGAUGCUGGUGAUUCGGCCGUCAUGCCCUGUAACUCGUCGAUUUCAGGAGCAUGGCCACACGCCCAAGACGCUGGAUGGAAGCGACGGAAGCGAAGGGACCUAGAGGUGUAUUCGUCACAGCGGGUCAAGGGUGGCGUGAUGGUGUCGCCUUACAAGCCUGGGCUUGAGCCUUGA